AUGAACUUCAGGUUCCAGAACCUCUUGGGAGCCCCCUACCGAGGGGGCAACGCUGUCAUUUCAAGCAACACCCUGCUACUCUCUGCCGUCGGUAACCGUGUCGCCGUCACCGACCUCCUCAAAUCUGAAAGUUCCACCCUCCCCAUCCAGUCUUCCUCCAACGUCUCCCGCAUUGCCGUUUCUCCCAACGCCACUUUCCUCCUCGCUAUUGACGACCGCAACCGCUGCCUCUUCAUCAACCUCCGCCGCCGCGCCGUCCUCCACCACAUCUCCUUCAAGCACCGCGUCGCCGCCGUCGAAUUCAGCCCCGAUGGCUCCCUCAUCGCUGUCGGCGCCGGCAAGCUAUACUUCCCCUUCGAGCUCGUGCGCACCUUCGCUGACUUCGACGGGAAAAUAACUACCCUCGAUUGGAGCCCCGACUCGAAGUACCUGAUCGUCGGGUCCAAGGACUUAACCGCGAGAAUCUUGUGCUUGAAGAAAUUGAAUAGCAGUGUUAAGAAAAAACCUUUUUUGCUCCUAGGGCAUAGGGAUUCGGUUGUAGGUUCGUUCUUUGGUGUGAAUUCGAAAACUAACAGGGUUUGUAAGGCUUAUACGGUUACUAGGGAUUGUUAUUUGUUUAGCUGGGGUUUUACAUCUGAUAAUAGUGGUGAGGGUGAAGGUUCGGAGCCGCCCUCGCCAGGGACGCCGGACAGGGACGUGGAGGGGAAUUUGGAGGUUAUUAAGAAUGAUGGUGUGAAGAAGAGGAAGAAAAUUGAUGUUGAGGAUGGUGAUGAGGGUUAUCUGAGUAGAGGAAAGUGGGAGUUAUUGAGGAAGGAUGGGUUUAUGCAGGGAUCGGCGAAGGUGACGGCAUGUGAUUAUCAUAGGGGACUAGACAUGGUAGUUGUUGUGCUUAAAUUUUGUGGAUGA